AUGCUACUGCACGGAGCUCUACCCCAUUCGUACCUGGAAGAGUCUGUUAAGCAGGCAAAAGAAAAAUUCAGGCAUCACUGGCUGAGUGAAAAAGAAUCUUAUCAGCAGUCAAAGAGACAGAAAGUAAGGAACAUCCUCAUUGUUGCUUACCAGAGAAGUGGUUCGACAUUAACAUCAGAAAUCCUUCAACAUGGAGGAAGUACAUCGUUUUUCAGCAUGGAACCUCUUUGGCAGACAUAUAGGACUUGUCAAAGACACAUCAACGGCAUAUGUUGUCCCAAUAAUACUUGUAGAUCACCACUAUACCAUAAAGAAGAAAUAAACAAUACGUUGUCUGUGUUUCGAGCAAUAUAUACCUGCAAUUUUGCUACAUUGUCCUACGAAGUGCUGAAAUCUUUUGAGACCUUUGUCAGUACUGGACAUGAAUAUGUUAAAAAGCUGAAAUGUUUUAAUUAUUCUUCAAAACAUUUGAAAGAACAUGGUUUUUCUGCCCAUUACAACGACUGUAUAGAGAAUCUAACACGCCUCUGCAAAUCUUCAUCCGUCAUUAUCAUCAAGACAUUACGGAUAGAUAUUAAAUUGGCCAAUAUGUUGAAGACUUUACUGGAUAACUUGUAUAUUGUUCACCUCCUCCGGGAUCCUAGGGCCAUCCUUCACUCACGAGCCAAAGCGGGGACACUUACACGGGACUCUAUACACGCACAGUCCAAAGCGUUGUGUUCGAUGAUGUACAAAAAUUUUGUAGACGCAUCCAAAAAUGCAGACAUUCACACUUUAUUAUACGAGAGGUUGGUAUUAAAACCACAGAAAGUUGUUAAACAACUGUAUAAAUUUUGUGAUUUAAACUUUACGAUAGACGCUUCUGAAUGGCUACACAGUUUUACAAAUAUUUCUGUGGCGAACACGUUAAAAAAUAGACACCGUGGGAAUUUUGCACCUUAUCCAAAACGUUCGUAUGAAGUUUCUCGGAAGUGGAGAAAAACGAUUUUUGUAAAAGUGAAUGGAAUAAUUCAAAAUUCUUGUGAUGCAAUAUUAGGUGUUUUGGGAUUGCGUGUGUUUAGAGAAGAAAAAGAACUUAGAAAUCUCGCUAUAAACGUUCUAAUCAGAUAG